AUGACAAACUCAAGAGGUGAUGAAAACAAACAUGUAGCGGUCUUUGCUUUCCCCUUUGGCAGCCACCUUGAGCCUCUCUUAAACCUUGUUAUCAAGCUAGCUCGUGCAGCUCCAAACUGUUCAUUCUCAUUCAUUGGCACUCAUAAAUCCAAUGAAAUUCUUUUCUCAAACCCCAACAACAAUAUCCCGGAUAACAUAAAGGCCUAUAGCAUCAGUGAUGGAAUCCCAGAGGGUCACAUUCUGGGCUCCCACCCAGUUGAAAAGAUUGAUCUUUUUCUCAAAACUGGCCCUCACAACUUGCAACAGGGCAUAGACUUGGCAGUUGCUGACACAAAGCAAAGAGUCACUUGCAUCAUUUCUAAUGCUUUUGUCCCUGAUUCUCUCACUGUUGCACAGAACCUUCAUGUUCCUUGGAUUCCCGUUUGGCUUGCCAUGUCAUGCACACUCUCAUCUCAUUUUUACACUCACGCCAUAAGGGACCAUUGUGCCAAUGCCACUGUCGGAGAAACAAUCUCCUUGGGGAAUUUUCUACCUGGUUUGUGGAUGGUCCGCUUUGAAGAUUUGCCACAGGAUGUUAUCAAUGGUGGUGAGAAUGAGACGCUGUUUUCGAAAACACUAGCUUCACUUGGUAGCGUGCUGCCUCAAGCUAAGGCAGUGAUCAUGAACUUCUUUGAGGAAUUAGACCCACCAUUGUUUGUUCAAGACAUGAGAUCCAAGCUGCAGUCUUUGCUCUACCUUGCUCCUUUGUUGGCAUCAUCACCAUCAUCAGCUGAAGAAGACGCAACUGGGUGCUUGUCAUGGUUGGAUAAACAAGGUGCUAGAUCACUGGUGUAUGUUUCCUUUGGGACAGUGGUGGCACCACCACCUCAUGAGUUGAUGGCAGUGGCAGAGGCAUUGGAGGAAAGUGGCUUUCCAUUUCUAUGGUCGCUGAAGGACGAUGUCAAGAGUGUCUUGCCAAAUGGGUUUGUUGAGAGGACAAGCAUGCGGGGGAAAAUAGUGCCUUGGGUUCCUCAAACUCAAGUCUUGGCACACAGUUCAGUGGGAGUGUUUGUGACUCAUUGUGGUUGUAACUCUGUGAUUCAGAGCAUUUGCAAUGGUGUUCCUAUGAUAUGCAGACCAUUCUUUGGAGAUCAAGGAAUUACUGGUAGAAUGGUGCAGGAUGCUUGGGAGAUCGGGGUCCUGGUUGAAGGUAGGGUGAUCACCAAGAAUAGGUUGGUUAAAAGCAUGAAUCUGAUUCUGGUGGAUAAAGAAGGCAAUAAGAUUAGGGAGAAUGCAAUUAAGGUGAAGAAGAUUGUGGAAGUUGCAGCUAAGCCAGAUGGGAAAGCAGCUCAGGAUUUCAACACUUUGGUGGAAAUAAUUUCUACUUAACUAAACAUGGCGCAAGUUAUUAUUAGCUCUAGCCCUGCAAUCACUUUAGAGAAUGAGAUGUUCACCAAUAAACUAUUAAAGUGGGUGGUUUGGGAACAAGAAAUCAAGAAUGCAGUGUUUCAUCAAGUUGGUUUUAUAAAUGUAGUUCUUUACUUCACUUCUUUUCCACAUCCCAUUGAUAAA